UCUGAAGCUGCAAGCCAAUAAGCUGUUGGAAAUGUAUCUGGCAGCGAGCAGCGUGCGCUAUGCACUUGGCCUGUGACUGUGAGGGAGCACGGAGAUAAAUUUAGUCGCGGUCUCCAGUCCGCUUACGACGGGAUAUGGCAGCACGGCGUGGCAGGAGCUGCUGCGUUCGGUCCUGAGUAAAACCCGAGCUGAAGAACAUGCAGGCUCGCUUAGACACACGCUGAGCGGCGGACAGGCAGAAGAGUCCCGCAGCCAAGUCUACUCACUCCCCGGUGCCACCGAGGGGAAAGAUGACCGUCACGUACUCCAGUAAAGUGGCCAACGCCACGUUCUUCGGUUUCCACAGGCUGCUAGUGCGCUGGAGGGGGAGCAUUUACAAGCUGCUGUACCGCGAGUUUCUGGUCUUUGCGCUUCUGUAUUCCAUCCUCAGUGUCGUGUACAGGUGGGUGCUAACGGAUCCUCAGAAGCGUCUCUUUGAAAAACUGUCCAUUUAUUGUGACCGAUACGCAGAACAGAUCCCCGUAACUUUUGUACUUGGGUUCUAUGUCACACUGGUGGUGAACCGCUGGUGGAACCAGUUCCAGAACCUGCCAUGGCCAGACCGACUCAUGUUUCUCAUCUCCAGCUGUGUUCAGGGCCGGGACGAACAGGGGCGGCUGCUGCGUCGCACACUAAUGCGCUACGUCAACCUCACCUCACUACUUAUCUUCCGCUCAGUUAGCACGGCUGUCUGCAAGCGUUUUCCUACCAUUGACCAUGUGGUGGAAGCAGGCUUCAUGACACAAGAGGAGAGGAAGAUCUUUGAGAACCUCAAGUCACCACAUCUCAAAUAUUGGGUCCCAGUUGUGUGGUUCACUAAUCUGGCCUCCAAAGCUAGGAAAGAAGGCCGGAUCAAAGACAGUGUGGAUCUUCAGACCAUCCUCAAUGAGAUGAACAGAUUCAGGUCCUGGUGUUCUACUUUGUUUGGUUACGAUUGGGUUGGGAUUCCUCUGGUCUACACACAGGUUGUAACCUUGGCGGUGUACACGUUCUUCUCAGCCUGUAUCAUAGGUCGACAAUUUCUUGACCCUGCACAAGGCUAUCAGGGUCAUGACCUUGACCUCUAUGUGCCAGUCUUCACUCUGCUCCAGUUCUUCUUCUAUUCCGGGUGGCUGAAGGUGGCUGAGCAGCUCAUAAACCCAUUUGGAGAAGAUGAUGAUGACUUUGAGCCCAAUUGGUGCAUUGAUAGAAACUUGCAGGUGUCUCUGAUGGCAGUGGAUGAGAUGCAUAUGAAUAUUCCUCACAUGACUAAAGACAUCUAUUGGAACGACCCUGAUGUGCGGCCACCAUACACACGCGCUUCUGCUGAUUACUGCAUCCCAUCCUUCCUGGGCUCUACUACUGACAUGGGGCUCUCUGAAAUGCUGCAGGAUGAGGAAAUUGAUAUUCAGGAUCCCUGGCGGCGGGGGUCAGUUCUGGGCCGUAUGCGUCGCUUGCUGAGUGUCCAGGAGCCACCUAAUUUACGUAUCCGCCCAUCUUUCAAGCGCCACAGCAGUGAUAUUGCCAGCUUCUUCCCCUUUCCCACUGAACAUCGUGUCCACCCUGGACCAGAGGAGAGCAUGGCAGGCCACCAUAGGCCAUAUUUCCAUCCUCAUCAGCAACAUGUGCCGGACACCCUCAGCACCCUCAGGGAGGUGAACAGCACCCCUUCUUCUCCUGAGACCCGAGCACGCAGUCUUUCUCAUAAAAGUGCACCUACGGUAGAGGUUAACGAAGGUAAAUCCAGUCUUGGUAACCAUGACAACAGUGUUGCUCAGGAAUCUUCAGUGCUGAAUGCUUCAUCAGAACUGGAUCAGACCCCGAAUACUGAAGCUCAUCUAGAGGAGCUUUGUGGUGAGGAGCAGAGCGGAGCAGACAGCUCUGCAGAAAGAGAGCCCAAGAAGUUUUGCAGCAGAUCGCUAGCUGAAAAAAUGAAAAAGAGGCAGCUGUCAUUUCAUCUGUCAAGACAGAACUCCAGGAGCUCCAUGGGGAGCCUGCCCAGCCCCAAAACUUUAUUGAAAAGGAAAGCACAAAUCACAGCCCCACAGUCGCCAGCCAGAAGCUCCCAGCCGGAUAUGCCACAAAGCACCGACGCCGAAGAAGCAAGCAACCAGGAGAAGGAACAGAAAAACAGCUGAAAACAGUUCAAAACCAGAGUGUCUCCACUUUAAAUCCCAAGGUAUAACUGGACGCCCUCUAGGGGCAAAGCAUUUAACCCUCCAUUGCCCCAGGUGGUGUGUACUGCUCCCAGAGUAGUAUAUUGCCUGGGUAUAUUUAGGCAGCAAAAUGACGAGUUUCACUCACUUCUUCUGUUUUCUUUUAAAGAUGUGUUUUACUAGCAUCAUAGGAUCAGUAAAGUACAUAACAUGAUUGCUGUGAAUCUCCCAUUCACACAGUUCUGUGUUCUCUCCCAUUCAUGCUGUUCCACAAUGUUCUCCUUUUCUACUCUUAUAGAAUGUUUCCUCCGUUCACACAGUUCUACAAUAUUCCCUUCUAGGAAGCUCUGUUCUAUCCAUACUCUCAUAGAAUAUUCUUCCCUAUUCAUGCUGUUCUAGAAUGUUUUCCUUUAUCCACAUUAUUCUAAAAUGUUCUCUACCAUUUGUGCUGUUCUAGAAUGUUAUCCUCCUUCCACACUCUCAUAAAAUGUUCUCCCCCCAUUCAGACUGAGAACAUUCAUCAUCCAUUCACAAUAAUUGGAUAUGCCCCCUCGAUCACAGUUUCAUUUGGAUUAUAGAUUCUUGUUGAACUCUACAAAGUCAGCUGCAUUCAUUAGAAUAUCGGUGUGUGUUUGGGAAGUAUUAGGCCAUUUGCCUUUAGGGAGUUUCAACUGAAAAGCUGGUCCAUUAUUAUGAUCCCUGGUUUCAACCUUGUGAACAGUCCUGUGACUAAAACACUGGUAGUAAUUUUGUCCAGGAUUGAUUUGCAUUGGUUGGAUAUUUUGAAAGGCAAUUUCUUGAACAGUUUGCAAGUUGUGUGCUCUAAAUGAAAUGUGUGUGUAUUUAUGUGUUGUGAUAACUGAAAAUCACAAUCUGCCUGAGGAUUUAGGACAAUAGCAGGACGUGUUUACAAUAUUAUUAAUAUUAUUUAAAAUAGUACCAAAGGAUUCUCUUCCUAUAUCACUAACAUGCUGCAACUACUGUUUUUUUACUUGCUUAACAAUACUUGCAUAUCCUAAGUAUUUUUCAAUAUAUGAUGUUAUUUAAUGUAUACAGUUAUUAUUGACUUAAAAGAGCUGGCAUAAGUUUAAAUCAGUCAUUUUUUUUUUACCUCUUGAUGGCUUUAACAUUAUAAAUCUCAAAUGUGGGAAAUGAGAUACUGGCAACAAGCGAAGAUUUAUUUGUACCAAAGUGAGUUUGAACUUUGCUUCCCAGUUUUUUUGGAAAGCUGGGGCCAUAAGCUGUGUGUCGUGUUUUAAGCUUUAAAUAAGAGAAUGCAGUGUUUAAAAUGGUGAGUGUUAUAGUUAAUGCUUAGAGUGUUUAUAACGUUUAUUGCUGAAUGAGAGAGUGUUGCUGUAUGCAGUGUUCGCAUGUGUGUUUUGGAGAAGUUAUUUGUUUAUGAAUAGUAAUGAGGUAUGCACUCUUAACUAUGUUUAAGUGUGUGGACGUCUAUAAUAUCAAAACAGCUGUGUGAGAGUACACUCCCAUCAUGCUCAUUCUACCAAGAAUACAGUAUUUGGCUCUCCAUGUAUUUGUUAUGAUGAAAAGUUUUUCUUCAGAAACGGUGAUUAAAUCACUACUAAAUCACGAACACUAAUCUGUGUUUGACAUUAUGUUUCCAGGUUGCUUAUUUUUUAAAACAUUAAAAAAAAUUUCAGAAAUA